GUUCAGGAAGACUUGCUGAAAUAAGCAGAAAGCCUUCUAGAGUUCUGCUGGAAAAGCCUAAUUCAGUGGCCUCAUGUGCCAUGUUGAAAUCUUACCUGAUAUUAUGGAAACAAUUGGAAGUGACCAAGACAGAGUGGGGAAGACUCAAGCUGAAGGUUGAUGAUAUCAACACAGUUCCUCUAUACAAGCAGUUUUCUGAAGUAUACAAUGUUGAAAUUCUUUACCCUGCUAUAAGAUCUGUAGCCAUACAUAUGGGCCUAGAAGAUGAAUUCGAAGGAUUUGUAACUACAUCUCAGUGUAUAUUUCCCCUUAAAGAAACUUCAGAAGCUGAGCUCAAAACACAGCAGCUUAAAAAACUCUUGGAAAGUCUAGAAAUACACAUGAUUCAUGAUGUGCAAAAGAAAAUAAACAAGGAACUGACAUUGGUUAUGUCUGAAAAAGCAAGAGAAGAAAGAAACCUUCCUACUGAGCUCUGGAAACAUCACACCAUGCAAGAAAACUUCUCAGUUACUAGGCCAGAAAUAGCUGAGUCAUUUAUUCAGAAGCUAAUGGAAAAUCACCAUGAAACUGAUGCAGAGAUCACCAUUGGAAAAGACCACUUACAAAGAUGCCUCACUGCUCUAGGUUGUGACAUCAUGGCCAGAGAGCGCAGCAACUUUGAGACCUACUCCAUGUUCUAUGAAAAUAUCCUCCAGCAGCAGCAGCAGCUACUGUAUCAUAAAGAACAAGAAAUGAAUGCAACAGAAGACAAAAGCAGAAAUGCCGAGUUCGGGCUUAGUCAGGUAGCAGAACUGAGCCAUGAGAUGAUCAUGGAAAUAACAGUCCUGAGAGCCAGAUUUGCUGACCUACAUAGAGAAGACGACCACUUCAAAGAACAAAUAAGAAAAGAAGCACAACAGGAUUAUAGCGCAUUAGUGCAAAGUUUAUUUUUGAUGUGUUUGCAACUGAAAGGAAAACUUGAUGAGUAUCGCUUAAGCAUCAAUCGACAUUUGUUUGAGAUCAUCAGUGAGGUGAGAAGAGAUGGGGUGGACAAAAUUAUUGACCUGAAGAAGAAAUUUGGCUCUACUAAAGACAACAGUGAGCUCAAAGAACAUUUGACUCAACAGGGGCAACUGCAGGAGCUAAGAGAUGAAAACAGACGUUUGGGGGAGCUGGUGUGCAAACUGAAGACCAUUAAUUGCUGGAAAGAAACGGUCCAAAAAGCGAAAUUGUCUGCCUCCUUGAGAGAGAUGGAGAAGGAGGCCAUUCAAAACAAAAAAGAAUGUCUGAAAUUCAAGAUGAUGGCAGAACAAGAGGUCAUUCUAUUUCAUCAACAAUUGGAGGCUGCCAGGAAAGCUCUGGCACAAUCUCAGGCAGAGAAUAAAAGGUUGAAGCAACAGCUUGACAAACAGGACCACUUGCUACAUGAGGCAGAGCACAGGAUGGAUCAAGAGGUCCACAGAAGGCAGAAACUCGAUCAGAUUAAGACAGACAAUUUGGAUAGGAUGCUGGAGUAUCUUGAAGAGAGAGAACAGAGACUUCAGUGCUUGUCAGCAGAAGCUGAGAAAUCCUCAAAGACAAGACAGCUUCAAGGAAAAAAAGCAAAAAAAGAAAUUCACCAAAUAAGAACCCGACUGACCCAGGAGCGCAAUUUAAAACUUGACGCCUUCCAGAUGGUGGACAAGCUCCAGAGUAAGCUUUAUGACAUGGAAGCUGCAGCAUCCCAGAGCAAUUUCUCUACAGGUCUAAAAAGGAGGUCGCCUAAUCUUUCACACAGUGCCAACAGCAUAAAUCGUUCUUCUCCAGGGUCUACAUCAUGGAUUCAGAACACAGAAAUAUCAACGUUGGCAUUAACCAGGCAUUUCAAGCAGCGCUUUUUGACUACUGACUCUAUGCAUAGGAUCAUCAGUGCAACUGAAGAGAGUGAACGACCUAAAACAAACUUUGACCUGCACAAGGAGAGCAAGAUUGUAUUCCUCCUCUGCACCUAA